CAAAAGUAAUAUUUUUAUCUGUCAUUCCUUUAUUUCUUACAAAAUGGCUGAACUAUAGAGACGCGUACUAAAGUUAUAUUCGUCAUAAUGGAGCUUAAUAACGUUCAAUCUACCAACAAAAACAAGUGCUUAACAAUUUUUUCGAACACAGACGUGUUGAUUUGCGGAGUUAAAUCUACAUCAGUGUGUACGCCCGACGUGAUUUCAUUUCGUGAACGCGUGUGGAUUUCCCCUCAAGAUAAUUCUUUACACUCUGUCGAAAACAUCACCAAGUGCUGCAGAUUCGUGCAUAGGCCUUCUCCGGACAUUGUUCAAGAUUGUAUAAUCCCAACAAUGUGCGCGUGAGUGAAAAUGCCCUAACUGUGAUCUAGUUUACAAGUGUAUAGAAAAUAGUGUAAACAGUAAUAGAAAAAUAAAGAUGAAUUUUGCUACUAAUCGCCCCGAUAGGCGCGCCGUUUUUAGCCCUACGUACUCCAUCGCCAACUACAGUACAGAAACAAAGAAGGAAAUGAGACACUCGUUCGGCGAGGACCUCUUUUUAGUACCAAACAACCUUCAUCUUAUUCCCGAUCCAUUGAUGAAGAAUUUGGCCGAUACGAUCAUCACAGAGGAAAAAAUGGCGCCUAAAUCCAAAUUAAAUAGCAAAAUUGAUGUGAAAACAGAAGAAGACAUGCAUAUCGAACCUGAUUACAAUCCUUUAUCAGGCAUUACAAAUUUCUUUGCUGGCGUCAUGAACGUAAUUACCAGCGCAAUGUUUAGUAAGCGGAAACAAGCUGAUUUCGUUGCGCCGCCGGUCCCCCAGAUGGCGGCACCUACGAUGUGGCAUGCCGCCAAAGUUUUGGAUGAAAAUAAAAUUGUUCAGGAUGAAAAUUGUUCGGGUGAUAAGUCUAGUGAGUUUGCGGCGUCAGAAAUGACUGAGUGUAAGAAGGCGGCGGCCCAUUGUCAGAGCAAACUCGACCAGGUCCGCCUCCUUCUCGGCACGAAGCCUGUACCUUGCAACAGCUGGGCCCGGAGACGACCCAAGCGGGUGUUUGUGGAGGCCAGCUCAGUAGAAGACAGUUUCGAAGAUGCCUUCUCACCUGAAGACUUUGAAAACAUCGCCAACAACUCUUACCUAGAAUACUCCAGUCCUGUGUGUUACCAUGACAACGUUUUCCAUGAGGUUGACGCCCCUAAAGUCAAAACAGAAAUCGCAAAGGCUCCUGAGAGCCCUAAGGAGCCUUCUAAAACAACUGCAGUCCUUCCACAAAUCUGUGAGUCCACAGAAAUUGUCAAAAAUGUACCUGAAAUUGAAACUGCCAAUGAAAUUAGUUUAUUGAAUGAAACAAAGAAAGAGUUGGUCGCUUCUUGUGAAGACAAGCUUAGUAAGCUGAAGGCAUUAAUGCAGGAAAGGAAAAAUAAGUCCAAAUUACCAAUUCAAGUACCAGAACCUGAACCAGUAAAGGUCACAGAACACAUUGACCUUCCAAAGCCUAAAACACAUACUAAAGUAAAAGACAAAAGGUUUAAGAAUCCCAAUCGCACCUGCGGCAAACGGACUAAGUCUAAAAUGAGGAAGAGCAUCCUGGAUGACCUACAAUUCGCAAACGAGAUCUGCAUUGAUGAAAUUGCCAGCCCAGACAACUCUCCAUCAGUUGGUUCCUUCGAGAAAUACAUUACAACACCCACAGAACCAGACAAAGAUUAUUUCGAUGAAGUCUCUGGCCGUUUCAACCCUGGUUCCGUUCCAGAAAGUGAGGAUUCGUUCCAAAUUGUGUUCAAUGACGGUCCUAAGUUACGAAGAACAUCCGACUGUGAAUCAGAAGACUCAUUUAUUGUGUUUGAGGACUCACCAGACAGCUGUUACACAUCCAACGACGUAUUUGGAGAUUCUAGUGAUUCGGAGGAGUACGAUAGUGAUUCUGAUGACAUGAGUGACUCUGGCUGUGGAAAUUUCUCUUUGGCAGCUUCUCAGUUGUCUAAAAGUGUUAAUAAUUUGGCGGACGACAGCCUGUAUGUUGAAGAAAGUGAUGGAGAAGACGAAGUGGACUGUGCUAAUGUGACAAUGUGUGAUAGAGUAGAUCUCGGUGAGCAUGCGGAGGUGGAGAAUAAGAAAUCCAGUGGUCUCCUGCUGGAUGAGAGAAAGAAGAAGUUACGAAGAACAUUACCAGCUAAGAAAGUCCACUUCUCGGAGCAGCCGCCGAAGGUCCACGUGAUGCGAGUCUGGUCGUUCGCAGCGCGUCAGGCCAGAGCUGGUCACUGGGAAAGAUAUGCCCUAGAUCGGGAUAGAUUCAAGAGACGGAUCGCUGAUGUAGACAUGGCUGUCUCCUGGGUCCUCAAACCGCAACAUCGUUCCAGAGUCAUGUUCCAACGCUUCAUGCCCUGGUGGAACGCUUUAAAACGCAAAGAAAUUGCCGAAAAGAAGGAACGGGAAGCUCUCGAAAAGGCUAAAAAGGAAGAAGAGCUGAAGAAACUUGAAGCAGGUAAUGAAAACAAAGCAGAAGAUGAUGCCAAUAAAGAAGAUGAUAAAGAAUUACAAAGUCCUAUGUCUGUUCUAGAAGAGAAUUUUAAGAAUAAUGUCAAAGUAAACGAUUUGACAGAAAAUGUUAAUAAUAGUUACCAAAUUGUACAGGUUAAUGAGAAAAAAGUUGAUCUGGCCACAGAUUAUAAAGUGCCGGCGGUUGAAACUUGACAGAUGUGUAAUGAGGUUUUGUUUGUAGUCUAUGGCGUUGGGUAGUUGUGGUUUGAGAUUGAAAAUACGACCCUAAUACGAUCGGUCUAUUUGGUUCUUUUUUUUUGUUAGAAAA